ACUUCCAUUAAAUUCAGUCUUUGACGAAUCGUCGAAGAAAACACCACCUCCGGUCCAUGAUGGUGAAUCGACUUGUUCUCGUGGCCCUAUUGGGGCUGGCCGCAGUGGCCCUUGCCGAGCAUAGACCUAUCAAGCUAGCUCCAAUUGCGAAGAAGAUAUUGGAGGCGUACCCGAUACCAGCAGUUCCGGAGGGAUACGAAUCGACCAACCCACACACAAUCGGAUACAAGUUCCGCACCCGGGUGGAUCACUUUAAUCCGCAAAAUCGUGAUACGUUCGAAUUCGAAUACUUCUCCAAUGAUCAGUUUUACCAACCGGGAGGACCGAUUUUCAUCUUCGUUGGUGGAAACUGGCCUCUAAGCCAGUACUACAUCGAAGCGGGACACUUCUUCAGUAUUGCCAACUACGAGAACGCUUGGUUGUUCGCCAACGAGCACCGCUACUAUGGAAACAGCUUCCCAGUCCCUGACCUUUCGCUGGAGAAUCUCCAAUAUUUGACCGUUGAACAGGCCAUGGUUGAUUUGGCUGAGCUAAUCUACCAUCUGAAACGCAACGUCGUUCGUGAUAACAAUGCCCGGGUGAUUCUGCUCGGAACUGGAUAUGCUGGAGCUAUUGCCACGUGGAUGCGUCAACGUUACCCUCACCUAGUCGAAGGUGCUUGGGUUUCCAGUGGUCAAAUUGAAGCACGACUCAACUUCCAGGAAUAUGCCGUUGAAAUCGGAGAAUUGAUCCGAAACUACGGAAACAGUGAAUGCUACAGCCAAAUCUGGCGAGCUUUCCGUACGGCCGAAAAUUUAAUCGAUGCUGGAUUGUCAAACACUGUUACCGAUCUGUUCAACACCUGUAAACCAUUGGACGCAGACACUAAUUUGGACGUGGAAACCUUUUUCUAUAACGUUAAGGUAGCUCUUCAAACUGCCGUUCUUCUGGAACAGAAUAUUGAAAAGACGGACGCACUCUGCCAGGACUUGAACAACAGCACCGAACCUACCGACUUACAUACGAUCGCCGAAUGGAUUGAAGACUUCUAUUAUUAUCUAGACUGCAUGCCAUUUGACUUUGACACUACCGUUGAAGCGCAUCAGUUCGAACAAAUAAACUAUCCCGAGAAUAGUAUCUUGGGUCUUCGCCAGCGGGUCUAUCAGUUCUGUACCGAAUUCGGUUGGUUCUUGACUUCAACCGCUGAUGAUCAGCCAUUCGGCCUACGUGUCACGUUGUACUUCUUCCAAAACUUCUGUAAGUCGGUGUUUGGUGAUUGGCUGAAUGAAGAGGUAGUCGCCGAUGGAGUUAGCCUGACCAAUAUGCACUUCGGUGGUAAGAACCCCCGAAUCUCCAACGUUCUGUUCACCAACGGAGGUUUGGACCCCGUGCGUGACAUUGGAAUCACCAGCUACUACCAACCGGCCUCCGGUGCGAUCGUGAUUCCCGGUUACUUCAACAGUGAAGACCUGGCAGCGAUCAGUGGUUACAACUCGCCAGAAAUGCUUGAGGCCAAGUAUCGGAUCCACAGGUACAUCGAGCUGUGGGUCUGGAUGAGAGCAACUCCUUACAAUGCGCAAUGAUUUGUCCUCAACUUUUUACGAUUUAAUAAAAAAAAUUAAAAUGAGA